AUGGCUGGGGUAUUAUGUCGAUCCGUAAGAGCCAAGAAAAGCAGGAUACCGUGGAUCGCGCUGCUUCUUGUGGCGUUUCUAGCAACUGCCACGUGGCAGCGCGCCAUUGCUUCCGCGAAACAGCUUGAGGGAUUUGACGAGGACGAGUUCGACGACGGAGCUGACGAGGAGGAGACGGAAUUCGUCGCCCCGCAGAGCCCUCCGACGCGAUCCGUCACGCUCGAGCCGGAUCAGGGCACAAAAGCAACGGCUGGAUCUGAUCGAGAUUCCAAAUCAAUGGACACCACCUCAUCCGAAGGACCGGAUUCCGUUGGCGGCAGCGGGGGUAGGUCAGGAGGACAAGCGGCGGACUGGGAUGACGAGGAGUUUGAAGGGGUGACGCCUGGUGCUGGCGCUGGUGCCGGGGAAGCAGCAGCCGGCGGGAAGCAGUUUUUUGGCAAGCCUGGAUCCGCGCAGCAGCAGGCGCAAAAGGCUCGCGCGCGGAGAAUUUCGGUUCCGCGGAAGCCGUUCCACCCGCGGGAUUUCAUUGCGGAAGGGGUUUUCCUUGCGUUCCUCGUGAUUUUUGCGAUCAACUAUUUCGUCGGCAAAUGGCAGAACGAAAAGAUUGCGCUCUCUUUCGCCAAUCAGUUCGCGACGGAGGGUAAUCUGCUCGCGAAGAACUUCGCCCUGAUCGGCACAGGCGACACCAGCGAACCGAUCCUCGUCAAAGAAGGCCAGGCGACGUUCAAGCUGUACGCGAGCGGGCGAAGGUUCUGCGAAGCGAUGCUGGUUACCCUGAACCUGCGAAGUCGCCACGAUCUCGCGACGCUCGCAUGGGACGCGCUCCUUUCGUCAAAGAAGGAUCAAGUCGACGUGGAUGUAUACAUGAACGAGGAAGACAUGGCUCCAUUUGUACUCGCUGUAGUCCCGCGCAAAUCCGCUAAGGCGUUUAUAAAAGAAAACGCGGAUCUUAAGGAGUUUGCGAGCAUGCUUGACGCGGAAGUGGUGCUCAAGGGAGGAGGCGGGAGCGGGAAGAACAAGUGGGCGGCAGACGAGUUGGCUAUUAUCGGGGAUAGCAGGGAAGCGGCGUAUGAGCUUCUGUCUGACGUCAUCAUUGAUCAGCUCUCUCCCCCUCCCACCCGUCUUUACCCUUACCCUCUUCCCUUCCGCCCUUCCCCUCUUCCCCACUUCCCUUCCGCCCUUCCGUUCUUCUCUUCCGCCCUUGCCCUCUUCCCUUCCGCCCUUCCCUUCUGUGUCUCCCUCCCCCCUUCCUGUGUCGAGUCUCACCAUUUCUCCCCACUACUCACCCAUCCACCGCACCCCCGAAAUAUUACCCGCAGCACUUUCCCAUCAGCCAAGAUAGCCCUAUUUGGAGGAAAGUCCUUUCCCAAGCUCGCGCCUCUCUUCUGCGCCCUGCACGUCACGGACCAGCACCCCACAGGCGCAGGCGCGCACACCUUCUCACCUAUCCCCCUCUCCCUCCCCCCCCUCUCCCCAACCGCCCACCAGCAACCCACAGGAGCAGGCGCGCAGCUUCUUACCUAUCCCCCUCCCCCCUUCUCCUGCCCCCGCGGUACUCCUCUCCCCCCCCAGCUCUUUGGCGAGAAGUCCUUCCCAAAGAUAGCGCCUCUCUUCCGCGCACUACACUUCACAGACCAGCAACCCACAGGCGCAGGCGCGCACCGCAAGGUGCUGCGCUUCUCCUUCCUGCUGCCCCGAGGGGGCGCUGCGGAGCUGGCGAAGCUGAUGGCGUCGGUGCCGUUCUUCAUUGACGCUGUGGGGAAGUUCCGACUCAGCGCCCAGGUGAGACGUUUCUUCCUCUCGGCCUUACAGCACUCCCAGAUAAACAGUCUCCUCUGUGACAGCUCGCUCCUGACUGCUGCGGAGCUGGCGAAGCUCAUGGCGUCCAUGCCGUUCUUCAUUGACGCUGUGGGGAAAUUCCGACUCUGUGAAGAACGGCACCACAUCAUUGCCGUUCCCAGCUGGCGAAGCUCAUGGCGUCUUGCUGAGGCCAACAGCAAGGCGGAGGCAGUGUGGGCAAAGGCAGCCGAGGCAGCAGUGAGAGGGAACGGGACGAAGGAGAAGCUGCAGGAAGAGGCUUGCUUCGAUGCAGCUGAGGCAGCAGUGAGAGGGAACGGGACGAAGGAGAAGCUGCAGGAAGAGGCUAGCUUCGCUUCUCUCAUUCACCUGCACUCUGCUUCUCUAUCCCUCCUCCCGUCCGCCACUCCUCCCGCAACUCGAGAAGAGGCAGGAGGAGGUGCAGCGGCGGAAGGAGGAGCGGAGGAAGGAGGAGCGGAGGAAGGAGGAGCGGAGGAAGGAGGAGCGGAGGAAGGAGGAGCGGAUGAAGGAGGAGCGGAGGAAGGAGGAGCGGAGGAAGGAGGAGCGGAGGAAGGAGGAGCGGAGGAAGGAGGAGCGGAGGAAGGAGGAGCGGAGGAAGGAGGAGCGGAGGAAGGAGGAGCGGAGGAAGGAGGAGCGGAGGAAGGAGGAGUGGAGGAAAGCAGAGGAGGCAAAGCUGAGCCCGGAGGAGCUGGCGAGGCGGCGAGAGAAGGAGAGGAUGAAGGAGCUGAAGCAGAGCGCACCGCGGGCCAAGAUCUCAAGGAUGCAUUGAUUGAUCUGAGUGAUUGA